AUCAUUGUAAAGUCACUUAGUAAAUGCAAGUGUCUGACAGUUUGAAAAUUCUAACAGGCAAAAGACGAAUAGUUGCCGUAAAUCACCAAGGAACUGAGUCGCAUUAGCCCUUAGUUACUUUAGGUACACGAAAAAAGCCGCAGAUUACCUAAUGGCUGGCUGAUGUGCUGUGUUACCCAAGGAUUUAUCGGCUAAACUCGAGAAAUCAGCUGUCUGCUACUGAACAAAUAUGGCGUCUAGUUGGAGUUGGAGUAUUUUACUCUUUUACUUGUGGACUUUUAGAUAUGCUUCAGGCCAAGAUGGCUGUUCUUCGGGAGAUUGUUUCCCUCGCAAUACUGAGAUUACUGGAUUUUAUAACGCAACCACGAACUCUACUUGUGGAACUCCAAGAGAGGAAUACUGCAUCGCACAAAGUGGUUCGGACUGCUCCAAAGUUUGCGAUGCAAGUAACCCUAACACGAGUCACCCAGUUAGCCACGUGAACGAUGCUUUCGAUCUAAAAACAUUUUGGAAAUCUAGAAAUGUGGACCAACCAGUUUUUAUCGAUUUUAAUUUCGGCGCAGUUUAUAUAUUCAUGCAAGCAAUGUUGUUGUUCGAAUACGAGGUCCCUGCGGCUAUGUACCUAUCGAAGUCGAAGGAUUUUGGUUUCUCGUACGAUGUUAUUGGGUUCUAUUCUUCGGAUUGCCAGGCAUAUUAUAAUAUGACGGAGACCCAGUAUAACAGAAGGAAUGCUUCGCUAACCGAAUGUUUCAAGAUAAACCCCCUCAGUAGCGACCAACGUGUAAAUCACAUGCCUAUGCAGGAUACAGUGAUUGCAGCUAAAAUCCGUGUCGAUCAUAAUGUUCAACUAAAGUUUCUAAUGACCAACUUUCGUGUUGUCCUGGACAAGUAUGUGACCCCACCGGGCUAUGAUCCUCCCACCAGCAGUGACACCUUGAAGAAGUCAUUCUACUUCUCCAUACAGAACAUUGAUAUCCUGGCAGCUUGCUUCUGUAAUGGACAAGCAGAUACUUGUGACACCAAGGACCCUUCUGUUUGUGUCUGUGAAAAGAAUACUGCUGGAAAUAAUUGUGAGAAAUGCUUGCCACUGUUCAACAACAAGCCAUAUGCACCUCAAAGGGCAUGUGAAGAUUGUGGAUGUAAUAACCAUUCAGCCAGCUGUGAAUACCACUCCAGUAAAGGGUAUGGUGUGUGCCUGAACUGCACAGAUAACACCAUGGGGGAUAAGUGUGAGCAGUGCAAGCCAGAGUUCUACAGAAACCCAGACACCCCACUGAACCACACCAAUACUUGCUUAGAUUGUGCGUGUACCCUGACUGGAGUACGGAACAUGCCCAACAACACGGAAUGUAAUGCUGUGACCGGAGAGUGCGACUGCAAGCCAAAUGUCCAGGGCCGGGCGUGCGACACAUGUAAAGACACCAUGUGGAACAUUAGUAACACAAGUCCUCAGGGUUGCCAAGAAUGUGGUUGUCAUGGUGCUGGCACUGUGAACGCCUCUGACGUGUGUCGCAAGCUGGACGGGCAGUGUCCGUGUAAACAAGCUGUGACGGGGAGGACUUGUGACACUUGCAAGGACGGCUUCUACAGCCUGAACGCAGGCAACACCGCUGGCUGCAGUGCAUGUAAUUGUGACCCCGCGGGCUCAAUCAAUGUCACGUGUUCCGACGGUGGAGCUUGCCACUGUCGGCCUCACUUUUCUGGUUUGAAGUGUGACGUCAUUGAAAGGGGAUUUUACAAAGCAAGUGUAGAGGAGUUGGUGUUUGAAGCAGAGAAAGGCGUUAUCGCUCCUGCUCAGGACCAGAUCAUAAGGCAUUCCAUGUCGCCUGACAGCAGUGGGAACAACCGCUUGUUUGUUGCCGUCGAGCUUGUGGAAGGCAACAAUGUGACGGAGCCGAGCCGUGUGGCCCUGACAGUCUCACUACCAAAGACAAGCUUCUACGAUGUCGCGCUUAGAUAUCAGACAAAAACGAAUUGGCAAUUGAUCAAGAUGACCCUGAGCCUUCGCUCGCUGUUUAGCAGUUUCUCCUGUGAUGGCGGCGUCACCAUGGUUACCAAUAAUACCCCUACCACUCUUCUAUCAAACUUGCCAUCUGGUGCGGAGGCUGCCGUGUUCGACAGAGGGGCGUGUCUGAGAGAAGGGGUGUAUGCAGUAGAGGUUGUCCUGUCGCCUGGUUCUACUGGCGCAAACAAAGCUACUGCUAAACUCGCCCUGGACUCGGUUGUUAUCUUUCCGUCCAUCACCCGAUACGCGGAGUACACCCGCGCAAGCCCCGCACUACAGCAAAAUAUGUCCUACUAUCACGGACUUGUUCCGGACUAUAGAAACUGGACCGGACACAAAGAGAUCGGUUGCCAAGUGUUGGCCGGUUUCUAUGGCGACCUUUACCAGAAAGGGCAGGCAUGCGAGUGUAACGCAACAGGUGCCGUCACGCCAUCUGUGUGUGACCAGUGUGGAGGGCAGUGUAGCUGCAGGCCUCAUGUGAUUGGUCGGAAAUGUGACGAGUGCAGACCUGAUUACUAUGACUUCACUUCCGGUCUUGGGUGCAAAGCGUGCGCAUGUAACAUGACCGGAUCCAAGCGCAGCUCCUGUCAUCCGGACACCGGAAAGUGCGAGUGUCACCCGUCAAUCACCGAACGCCAGUGCUCGCGCUGCCUUGACCAUUACUUCAACUUCACAAGUGGUGUUGGUUGUCAGCCGUGCGGGUGUAACGAGUUGUACUCGCGUGACCUUCAGUGUGAUAAUGACACCGGGGUGUGCUCGUGCAAGGAUGGUGUGGGCGGAGCCAAGUGUACGGAGUGUAGUGACGCCUUUUAUAAUCUCACCACUGAAGGCUGUACCGGCUGCCAGUGUGACUUAAACGGUAGCCUCAAUCCAGUCUGCAACAAGCUGAACGGUAACUGCACGUGUCGCUCUAAUGCCAUUGGCCGGUUAUGUGAUAGUUGUCCGGAUGGAUCGUAUGGACUUAGGGCCGGACAUCCGGACGGUUGCUUGCGUUGCCAUUGUUCCGGAUUCUCCACUAAUUGUUCUAUGGCUAGCGGUUACACACGUGGGCAAUUGAUCUCCGAUUUUCUUCUGACUGCUGACCCGACCGAUUUGGACGGAUGGACCGGACGCUAUCCGAAUGGACAGUUGGCCAGUAAUCUUCGAUCUUCGAUCUCAAAUCUCCCAGGAGGCUUAAGGUUUCACAUUGAAGCAAGUUCGGCUCGCGACUUCUACUUUUCUGCGCCCACAAAAUACCUGACCCGCGGUCGAUAUGCUUACACGCAUGCCAUGACCUUCUCACUGCAACAAGACAACACUACGAUCCCGUCAUCCUCCACGAGAGGUGACGUCAUCAUCAAGGGGCGGUACUUCAACAGCGAGCUGGUGACUUCCCUUCCCACCCCCCCUGGGUUAACGUUUACCACUUAUAAGGUUGUGUUCCUGGAGUCUAACUGGAGAAUUGGCAACACCUCUGGCCGAGUCGCGACUGACAAAGAGCUCGUUCGCGUCCUCAGCAGCUUGGAAUACCUGUGGAUCAGAGGAAGAUGGACCAACCUUACUGACCCCUCCCUUAAAACUCGCCUGAUGGACAUCACCAUGACUAUAGCCAAUAAGAGCUCGAUAGGAGACACCGUGUUUAACGUGGAGACUUGCCAGUGUCCCAUACAGUACGUGGGGCAGUUCUGCGAGAGGUGUGCCCCCGGGUACACCCGUGCCACGCCCAAUGGGGGCGCAUACACCCCUUGCGUCCCGUGCAGCUGUAAUAACCACACAGACACAUGUGACCCCGAGUCUGGUGUGUGCAUCGACUGUCAGCACAACACCACAGGUGACCAUUGUGAGAAGUGCGCAGUCGGUCUCUAUGGCGACGCCACCAAUGGAACAUCCACCGACUGCCGAGAGUGCCCCUGCCAGGGUGGUCCCUUCUCCGCCAACUCGUUCGCUCGCUCGUGCGUGCUGGGGUCCGAUGGGCUACCGACCUGUACCAACUGCAGCGAGAGCCACGCGGGGCGGCAGUGCGAGAGAUGCCAGGAUGGUUACUAUGGUACCCCUACGGACCCUGUCAACGGCCAAUGCCGGAAGUGCAACUGUAACGGUAACGUGGACCCUGGCGUGACAGGCAACUGUAACACAACGACUGGCGAGUGCCUUAAGUGCCUAUACAACACUUCCGGGUUCAACUGCCAGUGGUGCGUCUCGGGUUUCCAUGGCAACGCUACAGCGAAGACGUGCCAAGCUUGUAACUGUACCGAUCUGGGCUCUAAACAUGGCGUGUGUAAUAAUGUGACGGGACAGUGUGACUGCCAUCCGCUCGUCACGGGCCUGUCGUGUGAACGGUGCGUGAAAGACGCGUUUAACUACACAAGCGGGAAAGGGUGUACGGCGUGCGGCUGCCAUCCACAGGGAUCCAACGAUACGCAGUGCGACGCCGUUUUUGGCAACUGCACGUGCAACACUAACGUGAAAGGUGACAAGUGCGACCAGUGCAUGCCUAACUUCUACGACGUGGGCAAAAGCUGUAUAGCAUGCAACUGCUCCGAGAACUACACUCAGCCGAACACCACGUGCGAUGUCGUGACCGGACAGUGCAAGUGCAACAUCAGCUCCGGUGGGGGGUACUAUGGGGGCAGGACGUGCGACUCGUGCGCCUGGCAAGCUGUCGCUGACCCCACGGACCCCAAGGUCUGCUACCCUUGCACCGAGGACUGCUACCGGAACUGGUAUGGGCACAUCCAGGUGGAGAAAGUGCGCGUGGUAGCCCUUGACAGGAACGUGUCCUUCAUGCUGGACUCGUUCGGCGGCCUGUCGGUGGAGAAGAUCAACAGUACGCUACAGGAACUGAACAAAGACCUGGAGGAGGCCGAAGUGGUGUUUAAAGGGGCUCAGUAUAACACAAAGCAGUACGAGGACCUUAUAGACGGCAUUCGCUCCACCAUCACAGACCUACAGACACGACUCAACAACAGCCGACGCGCACUCGCCGAAACCGCGCAGUACCUGGACACAAGUGUCUACGCCUUCAACGGCUCAGUCAAUGUCACGCUACAGGUCUUUGCUGAUUGGAUAUCGCUGAAUGCCAUGGCGACAAAGCUCAAGACCCAGGCCCUAGCACACAAUUCGUCUGGGCAUGCCUCGUAUGCAAGCAUCCUCAAUAGCUACAACACGAUCCAACUUGCCAACGCCACUGCAGCAACCGCUGCACAGCAAAUCGCAGACGCCAUGACAAGACUGGACGAGGUUGCCAGGCAACGUGGUGAAGUGGAGUCGCGGCUAGGGUCCGAAUUCCAGGCCAGGUUACACCAAAACCGCGAGCUUCUGUCGCAGAUCCAACAACUUAGCAAUGAGAUUGUAGCACUCGCCGCGGCCGCAAAGGCUGCUGGGGACAAUGCGAGUACCACAGUGACGUCAGCUGAAAUCACCGUGCGUCUUGCCAAUCAGACCGCUUACCAGAAGCGAACGCAGGCUCAGCAAGCGCUUCAAAAUGCCGAGACUGCGCGUACCGAGGCCACUGAGGCUAAGACGGCCGCUGAGCAUGCGCAGAGGGCUGCGGGAGAAUUCAAUACCAAUGCUACCGCAGUUCUAAGCGAGGCCACGACAGCCUUACACAAUGUCACGCAAGGUAUAAAGACCAUCGAGAGCGUGACAAACAUGACACGUGACUCAGAGACACUGGCCCAGUCUACCCGUGAGAAGCAGAUGCCCGUAACCUUGGAGACCAUACAGAAUCUAGCCAAUCAGAUAAAGAAUACGCCUGUCAAUAACACGCUGAUUAACCAGACAUACGAGAGCGCCGCGGAGGGACUAAAGACAGCGCGUGAAAUCGAGGCUGUGUCCCAAGAAGCCAUUAACGCUGCUGAGAAGACUUUGAGCGAAGUUCAAAGCAUCGAAAACAACACCAAUAGCGCUCGCACAGCUCGUGACCAGACAGAAAACCUGCAGAAAGAAACAGACCAGAAAGUAGCGGAGAUUAAGAACAUCACGGACUCGGUCCAAGCCAAGUUCUCGUCAGCGCUGACGAUGGGCGAAGAGACACUGAAUCUCAUCAACAACACCAUCGCGACUGUUGACCAGAGCCUGCAGUGUUACAACGAGUCCAAGUCCCGCGCACUCACAGCGGCAAAAACUGCGGAGCAUGCGUACAACAUUUCACUUGAGGCAAAGAGGGUGAACGAAUCUAUCGCCCGUGACCUCCCCACCGCGGCUGCUAAGAUCGAUACCUUAUAUGCUACUGCGCAUGCGAACUACACCGCGAUCACCAGCGCCCACAAUGACUCUGUACAGCUGCUGAAGGACGUGCGUGAGGCUGAAGUUUUACUUGAAGACUACACGCAACAACGAGAGGAAAUGACAAUAUUACAAGGCGAAGUGACGACUUUGGAGUCCGAGCUAGACACACUCACAAAACAGCUGGACGAAGAUCUACAGAAAUACGAAUCGUGUGGGUCGACAUAGCGUUACCGUCACGGGACUGGAAUUCAUGGUUACGUGACAAUCAACUAAAAACGUUUUAAAGCGUGACCGAUGUUUUCCGAUCCCUUUGUGAUCUAAACACAGAUGAGAACAGAUAAUUAGUUCGGUAAUGUGAAGUCAAUGUCAGUUGGCUUGAAGUGAAAAGAAUUACGUCACAUCAUACCAUUAGGAUGGAGGCUCGAAAGACUAACGCAAACACGGCACAAAGUAUUGGGUAUUGUGUGACCUCAUGUCACCCAGACAAGUCACAGCUUGCUGGUCAUUGGCCAAUUCCGGGGAUUGCGUGACGGAUUCGUAAACAAAGCGAGUCAGUGACAUGGCAAUUUUUAUACAUAUUUUAUAGACAUUGUAGCCUCGUCAACUGUACUUAAAAAGCCUUCUGAAGCUGUUAACAGAUAUAAAGCUCAGUUCUAUGAUAAGCGCAAACUUGCUUCACUUAAACUAAGGUCCUUGAUACUUCCGAAAAGUUCAGGCGUGCAUGCAGUUCUAGAGAUUACCUGUGCACAUUGCAAGAACUCGCAUGCAUACAUGUAUGGCUCAUAAAACUUUCCUGAACAUUCCCUGAUAAAUGUGAUGGUUUUCUUCUUUCUCGUUAACUUAUCCCUUAGCCUAUUUUGAUUAUUCCAAAACUUGAAUAUGUAUUUCCUAAUACGGAGCAAACUAGAAAACCAUCAACCAAACAAUUAGUUUUGCAUUUUGUCAGGUAUUCGCAUGCUUGCCAAGAAGUAUUCAAAGGCCUUAUUGUUAUCCUAGCAAAACGUUUGAUAUUUUUUCUCUAUAAAAUGAUUGUUGCCAUUCUAAACGAGAUUUUUUUACAUUCAAAUCCAUAGUAUAUUUGUCUUUUCGCUGCAGACAAGCAGAUAUGUCUUUUCGUUCCGAUAUAAAUUUCAUGAUAAAUCACGUUUUACUAGUAUUCCAAAGUAAGAGAACUAUUUUAGUAGAAUACAAAUAUUUAGUGUGGCAAAGGAUCUAUUAUUUAUGACAUGUAUGAACAUGCGCUAUAUACGCAAACCGCUGAUAUGUAGCAUAACAAAGCCUGAUUUAAUGGUCAGCGGUUUUUCUUCACCUUUUUAGGGAUGAUUGUAAGUUUUGACGUGACAACAAGUACAACUUAUUUUAAUUCUUAAGAAUAUUUUAUGAACUACAUAUUGUAGGUUGCAAAUAAUAAAGUUUUAUAUGCUGUGA